UGCUUCUUUCUCCUGUUGUCACAGUUCACUCUGGAUAUUUCUUGUCUCAGGUACACAAAGGUUUUUCUGCCUCAUGUUUCUUGCCCUCGUAAAUACCCAGAAAGGAUUUUGUUCUGUGGUUGGCGUCGUGACAUUGAUGAUAUGAUAAUGGUGUUAGAGGCUUUUCUUGCUCCAAAUUCUGAACUGUGGUUGUUCAAUGAGGUACCAGAGAAGGAAAGAGAAAAGAAGCUCACAGAUGGUGGGUUAGAUCUUCUAGGAUUGACAAAUAUUAAGCUUGUCCACAAGGAGGGAAAUGCUGUCAUCCGUCGACAUUUAGAAAGUCUUCCUUUAGAAACAUUUGAUUCUAUUUUAAUUCUCGCAGAUGAGUCUCUAGAGGACUCCAUUGUGCAUUCUGACUCACGAUCUCUGGCUACCCUUCUCCUAAUUCGUGAUAUUCAGUCCAAGCGUCUUCCAUCCAAGGAAGCAAAAUCUCUGCGGUAUGCUGGCUUCUCUCACAGCUCCUGGAUCCGCGAGAUGCAGCAAGCUUCGGAUAAAUCAAUAAUCAUCAGCGAAAUCUUGGAUUCCAGGACUAGGAACCUUGUUUCUGUUUCUAGAAUAAGUGACUAUGUUCUGUCAAAUGAGCUAGUUAGCAUGGCAUUAGCUAUGGUAGCUGAAGACAAGCAAAUUAACCGGGUUCUUGAAGAGCUUUUUGCUGAAGAGGGCAAUGAGCUGCGAAUACGGCCUGCAGAAUAUUAUUUGUAUGAGCAAGAGGAACUAUGCUUUUACGAUAUCAUGGUUAGGGGUCGUGAGAGACAGGAGAUUGUGAUUGGCUAUCGCCUAGCCAACACUGAUAAUGCGGUAAUUAAUCCUACACACAAAUCAGAGAUCAGAAAGUGGUCCCUUGAUGAUGUCUUUGUUGUCAUCUCUACUGGAGAUUGAAGUCUUAAAGUAGUUUUUGGUAAGUUUCACUGUCUGAUUUCAGCUGUUGUUUAUUUGUAACACGAGUCCUAGUUGACCGAAAAGAAGGAAGAUAGUCACGGAAUCAAAUCAAAAUGCCAUUGGUUCAUACUAAUU